AUGGCAAGACCAAGAGCUGCGAGAUAUCCUGGAAGAGCCGUCGAUGGGAGACAGAUGGAAAUUACAGAAAAUACCGUUACCCUGAGGAAAAAGAUUUUCGAUUCCGUCCAUAAUCUGUCACAUCCUAGCGGUCGCAGUAUCAGGAAAAUGAUCUGUAAAAGCUUUGUAUGGCCAUAUAUGAAGAAGCAAAUCGCGGAAUGGGCAUGCUGUUACUUACCGAAGCACAUUGAGAUCCCAGCUGGAAGAUUUGAACAUUUACAUGUUGAUACUGUCGGCCCACUACCACCAUCGAAUUAUAGACCGGUUCACACGCUGGCCGGAAGCAAUCCCAGUGAUAGACAUCUCGGCGAACGCAGUAGCUACAACAACUUUUUAAUAACUAGAUUUGGCACGUCGUUAACAAAUACGACAGAUCAAGGUGCGCAAUUUGAAUCGCAGCUAUUCAUGCCUCUGGUUAAACUUUUAGGUUGCUGUAAGAUAAGAACAACAGCUUAUCACCCGGCAGCAAACGGAAUGAUAGAAAGAUGGCACAGGUCGUUGAAAUCUGCGAUCAGCUGUUAUGAUAAUCCUGAGUAG